UGAAUAAAUGUCACGGUAGCAGUCUUUCCGCGAUUAUGCUUCCCCUCCCUUAUCCAGCUAUCUCCCUCCCUCUGAUUCUUCGUCCUGUUUAAACCAGUGACUGACUAACUGCUGCCUCGACACACAAAAAUGGCUGCCUUCUCCUCGUCGGCUCUCCUCUCCCCUUUCUCUCCUUCCCUGAAAUCGAACGCCAACUUGGGUUCCUCUGGUUCCCUUCUCCUUGGGUCGUCAUCUCCUCUUGUGGUCUCUUACAGCAAUGGUCCUCGUCCUACAUCAAUGAGACGAGCCCGCUCCUUCAAUUUCGUCCGAGCUCAGACUCUAGACUUCUCAGGGUCUUUCUUCGAAGAUGGUAUCGGCGAUGGUGACAAUGAUUUCGGGCCGUCGGCGUCGUCCAUUGCCAUUGAUGAGAAGAAAGAGGAGCCGCAGUGCCCGCCUGGCCUCAGGCAGUAUGAGACCAUGGCAGUCUUGAGGCCGGACAUGUCGGAAGAUGAACGGCUGGGGUUCACUCAACGAUACGAAGAGUUACUGGUUGCUGGGGGUGGCAUGUACAUUGAAGUGUUCAAUAGGGGAGUCAUUCCUUUGGCUUACAGCAUCAAGAGGAAGAACAAAGCAGGAGAGACCAACACAUAUUUGGACGGAAUCUACCUAUUGUUCACUUACUUUACCAAACCAGAGUCGAUAGGUGCACUUGAGACCAGACUGAAGACAGAUGAUGAUGUCAUCAGAUCUUCCAGUUUCAAGAUAAGAAAGAGAAAGUACUAAGAGUUACACUUUCUCUUAACAAUUCAAACAGAAAGAAGAAGAGAAAUGGAUAAGGGAAUCAAAUUGCAUCUGUGACCUGCCUGCUUUUCAGCUAGUUAGAUUCGAUCAACUUGUAUUUUUUUUUCUGUAUUUGCUUGUGGAUGUGCAUCUUUUUGAACUUUGAGCACUAGAAAGCUCAUAUGUUGAAAAUUCUGAAAAAUCUUCAUUGCAGCUUUUCAGGUUUUUGCAGUUUUUAUGGUUCUGCAUCAAACCAGCUUAAUGGGUGUUGUGGACAAAUAAGAAGCAGUCUGCUUGUAUUUUUUCUUCUUCCAUGAAGCUAUAUCACUCUAGUAGAAGAAGAAUAGAUCUUGUAUGUUUCCUUCUUGAUGAGGCUGUGUCACUAGGCUUUGCAUUGAGCAUGUGUGCCAACAACAGCUUUGACAUGAUACUGACUAUGACGCUUAUGGAAGGUUGGCUUAGCUUCACUUUUUCCUCUUAUCGAGUUGGUUGUCUGUUUUGUAUGUGUUUGUUUCAAUUUUUCUUCCUUUGUAAAUUGUCGUUGUCACAUUAAACCUCAAUUUCAUUUUAAAUUUCUUAUUGUUUUUGGUUGA